AUGCAGAUUUGUGAAGAAAACCGACGCCACUGUAGAAGAGUCCGGUUGUCUUCAACGACAGCCCAGACCCAGGCUAUUGUCCUUCUUGCCCGCUUCUCCUUCAGCUCACGCAGCAACUGCAGUGUGGAGUUCCACUUGGCUGGAAAGGAUCCGAAGACGCUGCAGAUGUUGCAAGAGGUGACCCACAAGCAGCAGUUCAUCCGCGAGGCCUUGACCGUGCCCUCAAGCUGCUCCUCCGAGGAAGCUGUUGCCAUUGAGCUGUCUAGCGGAGAGGUGCCGCAGGAGCGAGAUAUGGAGUGCCCGCCUAUCUCACUGAGCCAUCGGGAGAUUCUUUAUUUGGGUGAAGCCGCCAAGAUGACUCAAAGCAGACUCCAAACUCCUCGAGCACCGCCUCGCAUGCAGCAGGACUUCCUGUCUCCGGUGGCCAGUCCGCCACCGGCUUUCGGUAUGGAGCUGUCUAGGGACGUGCUGUCAGUACUUACCACGGAGGCGAAUGUGCCCAUACCAUUAUCCCUGGAACACGCAUGGCUGCACUUACCGCCGAGCUGCCCGCGAUUCCAUCGCUGCACAGUGUCUGUGGACAAGCUGGGUCUGGUAGUGCAGCCUUUGUCCAAGAGCUGCAAGCGCUUCCGCGCAGCACAACGCCAUGUGACCGGCCUCUACGUGCUGCCUACAGAGUCUCUGGGCUUUCCGCUGUCUGCCAUCCUCAACAUCGACCAGGCCCCUGACUUCGCAGAUUCGCUGCUCUCCAUGGCUGCCGGUGCUUCGGAAGCCCCGGGUCGACCUGCCGACCCGGUUGGGGCCGGAUUGCGACGGUACUACGCCCCUCUGGCGCGGCGCAUCUUCCACCGGCGGAUCACAAGCAAAGAGAGCCAGGAGGGCCAAGCACAGGGCAGCCUCCCAGAUCUCGAGCAGGCGGAUAGGCCACCCCCUGAGGCGUCGACCUUCGUAGCCGUCACCUUGCGGGCUUCCGUGGCGGGCAAGCCGGCCGGACAGGAGCGACUGCCUCCGUACAUGCGGCUGCACGGUGACACGCGUCCCCCCAUCAAAAUGUACCUGGCACUCUACAAGGAAGACGAGGCUUUGGCGCUGAUCUCUUCCGUCCUGGCAUUCAAGUCGUAUCAGCUGUCCACUGCUUUGACUAGCAUGGUCUACAAGUUCAAGGCAAUGUCGCGGAGGCAGCAGAACUUGGAGGAGAUCGAUGAGGUCCCGGCCUCCGCCGCGCAGCGACGGGAACAUUCUGGCCCGGUGCCGAGUCAGCCACGCAUCAUCACCAGCGACGACGGGGAGGUGUUCUGGUUUGUCCCGAGACAG